UAUUUGCAUAAUUUGCAUUACUAUUACAAAAAACCCCGUGUCAAAACUCUUGUGCGGUCUUCUCUGUUCAGGUUCUUUGCGUACAGCUUUUCAUGCAGCAGUGAAUAUUUGGUGCUUGGUCAUAGCCUUUGUUUUGAGCCUCCUAAGAUCACUACUUGAUGACCCCGACUCCCCGUGGCAACUGAGCUCAGCUUAUACUCUCGCUCUUUGUUGUUAUUUUUCACUCUUCUUCACUUUCAACACCCAACCCUUACCUUCUUUCUUCACCUCCGAGUUUUCUUCUUUCCCCUAGCGUUAGUCUUGCUUGCAUCAACUACCAGUAUCUGUUCUGUGUCUUUUCCUCCCUUCACCAGAACGGCUCUACGCAAUGUCAGGUAGGAGCGCGUAUGUGCGCAAGAAAAAGGCCGAAGUGAACGACGUGGGCCCAACUCCACUCGCUGGUGCUACCACAAGCUCAGCUGAUCUAUUGUUCGGAUACGUCUCUGAUGAUGAGCUGGAGGCCCCUGGCUCUCUUCCUCAAUUCUCAGAGCCGUUGAAUUCACCAACGCACGCAUCGUGGGUCCCAGCCCCAUCAGGAGCAGGCUAUGUGCUCAACAACGCCAUUGUACCGACUCCGGCUGCCACCGUGAGCGGAAGAACGACUCACAAGAAAAGCAGACUGCGAGCUUUUAUGGAUGGCAACAGUGAAAAGAUCAGACAUAAGCUUGCGGCAACUUUUUCCGGAGGAAAGUCAAAGGAGAAAGCGGUUGAGAUGUCUGUUCUCCGGUCAGAAUCCAACCCUUUUCCGUCUCCGAUGGCAGACGAUUUUUCUUUUGAGCUUCAACGCACACUUACCAGACAUAAAUCAUUUUAUGAACGCCCGGAUCUCAUGGCUGACGAGUCUGAUAAUUUCUAUGCGCGCUAUAAAAUCAAAAGAUUUGGUCCCGAUGGUGCUUGCAGCUUUUGGCAAAGCAUGAUAAAGGACCCUGAGCUAUGGGAUGAAACGGGUGACACCAUAGUGUACUUGAGCUUCGACCGAUUAGAUGCGCGGGGCCCAGGACCCAGCUUUCGUCUACACUCCUCUGAGUUGAGAAAGCUCAAUUCUCCUUUCUUCAAUGCGUGCUUGGACGAAGGCUAUAAGCAUAAUACUUACAAUGAUUUUGAAAAUUUGCCGACCACGUUCUCAUCUGCAACAUUUGUAUCGCGGAGCUCAAUGGCCAGUUCUGCUUCGCCACGACGUCCACACAGCGGAGCUCUUCCAACUGGAGGACGGAAUAGUCUUAACACCUCAACGCCGCACACAUCCGUGGCGAUAAGCAGUGACCAUGAGCUGCAAGCAACCUAUGAAAUCUUCAUAUUUUGCGGGAGCAAACUGUCGCCAAAGGAAAAGAUUAGCCAACAUCUGACGACACGCAACGUUUUUGGCCUUCUUCAAGGAGUAAACUCCAUGGUGGGUCUCAAAUACAGCGACAUCUUGCCUGGUCUUCUUGAGCGCCUUGACAAUUACCUUCCUCCGACUGUUGAGAUUCCAAAUGCGAAUGUGGCAAGAAUAAUUGAUUGGCUAGAAAAAAGCAAUCUAGACGAUGUGAGGGCUGAUUUUGGGAGAGCCGCAAGCUUCUUGAAAUGGAGCGAAAGCGAGGAGAUCUGCUACGUUUCUGGCUUCAGAGAGGCUUUUGUUCAUUGUGUUGGCAUGCAUGACGACCAGAGCGAGCUCGUUCUGGCCAAACUGGGUGUUAAUGCGUCCACAAGAAGACAAAUUCAAUACCGGGCUGAUAAGCUUCGGAUUCGUGUCAAGGAAGCUGCAAGGCUUUUGGAAGAUUUUGACUAUUCUGGAAUGUGGAUUGAAGAGCCAGAGAAAGACAAAAAGAGUGUAGCUGUCCAAAAGUCUCCCUCUCAAUCAAAGGCCGCAUAUGAAAGGUGCAGAGAGUUCUUUCUCAAAUACUAUUCAUCAGUCUAUGGCGUCUGGCCGCCGAUGAAGGAACGUGGAGCGAUCAGCUGGCUCAACAGGCAGAUAGUGCGACGCCUUCAAGCCGACUUUGGCGCAUUGUUUGACUUUUUGGUGGAUCGAGAAGUCGGAUGGGAUUGCGUAGAGGAGCGCAGUGGCCGCAAGUGGCAAAUAUUGCACAACAGCAAAUAUAUGUUUCAGGCUGACAGCGAGGAUCUGCCACUCACCGACAUGUUGGUGAGAUUCGAUAAUCUGAACAAUUUCCCGCACAUUCCGAACCCUUAUCCAUUGGUGCCUCCUCAGGCGAAACUGCUACCACCAGAUGCCGGAUCAAAGGGACGAAUGGACAUUGAUGAUGAACGAAGUCUGUCCAACUCACGCGCACUGUUGUCAUACAUCGAGGCAAGCAAUAUUGACCUCGUGCCGUCAAAAGUCAUUUCUAAUCCCCUGGUCGACGCUUUUAUCAAUUUCGAAAAGACAGACUACGCCACUGAUCUGGAUCCCCAUGAGGCCCGCCGUGGAAGAUGGGCCGCCAUCUAUGGAAUAUUGCAGACAUUGGCUGCUGUGUCGGUCGACACGCCCGGUCUUCGCCAUACUGAGGGCGUAAAAUACUUUUUGAACGCAUCGGUAUAUGGACUAGGGCAGUGGAUGCCACAACAGCUUGAAGACGCUGUCCAUCAUAUGAGUCAUUGCUGGACUAUUCAGUCCACCUGGCAGCCUCCGACAGAAGACACACGCAGCUGGCAAGACCCUCCUGGAAGCUUUCGCGCGCACAGCAUCCGCACACAGAGUGUUUCAGGCCAUAGGUCAAAUGCUUCCAAGUCUUCCUUAGAGCGCCGGAAUACUGUGAACCCGAGACCUUCGACCUCGCAAUUGAAGCGACACGGCUUGAUGGGUCAAACGGAUGGGGUUCAUGGUGGCGGCAUGUUUGGUGGGUUCAACAAUACGGGCCCACGAUCAUCCUUUGCUGCCUCCGACCGCAGUGGAGGGACCAUGGGAAGGGUUCAACCUCCUACCAUGAGUGGAGCAGAUGUGCGGGAGUCGCCCAGCGAAUAUCGUGUCAAUCACGGUGAAGAGAUAUUAAAGCAAGAAAUACUUCGGAGCCAGGCCGAAACUUUUACAUUCAAAGGUAAAAGUAAAACGCUUGCACUGCAGUCAUUGAACAAUUUGACUCCACAGAGCCCAAAUUAUGUUGAGGCUUCGAUAACUCAGAACAGUGAGGAGGUUUUCAAAUCUCCAAAAAAAGUAAAGGCUGCACCUUCUCAAACCUUUAAUAUUGAGAAGAAUCAGACUGAGAGUAGUGCCUCUAAUGGUCACAAUGUCGCUGUUCACGCACCUCCAGCUCAAAAUCAAAUCGAGGAUGAAGACUUUUCGUACGUUGAUGAGCCUCACACGCUUAUUCGCCGAAAUACAGUCGCGACGUCAAAUCCUUCGAGGCGUCCCUCUAAUCGCUUUCCUGUGAAUGUCGAAUCCGACAAUGUACCGCCUCGAAGACAACUAGCUCGGCCCACCCUGAACGAUGUGGUUGAAGACACAGUUCCUAUUCAAGAGCCUGAGAGCUCUGAUUCUCAGGGGUACGAUGGGACGUCCACCAACCAAGCUGAUAGAGGAAAAUCCCCAGUUAGAUACGAAUUGGAGGGCCAUCCAGCGCUAUCUAAUCUCGACACGUCUACCAGCUUUGAUGACUCUGCCUCCACCGUUGCUAGAGAAAUUGUUGGGUCUCUUGGAAUCGAGGACAGUGCGGAGCGGUCGGAGGCUCUAUCGACAGUCAGAGACGUCAUCGAGUCUAUGGAACCAAAUAGUAGCGUUCAGACUCCUGACUAUUAUGACUAUUCUGAAAAUUCACAUAGUUCUGUGCCAACAACGCCCCACAAACAAGCUGGAGAACUUAUUGAUGAAGAUGCUGUUGCGGAAAUGAGCGCUGCUGAAUAUUACCCGCGCCGUCGGGUGCAGCGAGAGUCAUUCCGUAAGCUGGCCAAGGUCCACAACGGCAUUGGACGUAAAAUGAACGAAAUGCACGCAAACAUGACCAGAACGACGGAUUAUUACAAGUUUAGCCAGCGUGAUCAGUUCAACCAGGCAAAUCCGGAACUCCCAGAUCAAACUUAGAUACUGCAUGAGCAGAUCCUCUUGGAAGCGUCGAUGACCUGGAAGAUUUAUGCGAAACGAGUUUACGAAUCAAUGAGAUUUGAUACCACGUUCACGAGCGAUGUCUUGUUUUGUUCGUCCAUUUUUCUGCAACUACUCAACAGGUCAUUCAGCACUGGCCUUGUUUGAUCUGCUCUGAUUCGACAUCAACAUGGUUCUUGCGUUCUGGUCUGAAAUUUGAGCGUUGAAAACUUCCAGAAUCUUCAUGCAUGCUGCCAACUCAUGUUUGGCCAACAACCGGCC